AUGGCGGCUGAUGGUAUCACUAACCUGUCACAGCAGCCACCUCCAGAGCUUGUGGACAAAUGUAUAGGAUCAAGAAUUCACAGUGUGAUGAAGAGUGAUAAAGAAAUUGUUGGCACACUUUUGAGAUCUGAUGAAUUUGGAAAUCACAUCAGAAGGAUCACCAAAUUAGAUCAGAUUUCGUUAUAUAGAAAUAAUUUAACAAUGCUGGUUCCUGGAGGAAAAGGACCUGAAAUAUAA